CCCGGGGCCGAGCGAAGCGGGAGCCCAACAACCCAGCGCUGCUUCAAGGUACGGGGUUUUCGGGAGGCCGGGAACUAAGAUGCUCGACCUCAGUGUUCCCCGCCGGACACUUCAUGGCGACGGACGAGGCGAGGACAGGAAGUGGCCGAGGAAACUCGAAAGAGUUGCUGGGGGCCCCGCUCGGUUUCCGGGGCUUCAGAGGCGCAGCCCAGCCCUAGAAGGCCAGCCUCUGCAACGACGCUUCUCCGCGCCCCGCGCCGCGUUCCCUCGGGGCGAGGCCCGGACCCGGCAGGACUUGAGAGUAUGAUGGCUCACAGCCAGGCGAGGAAAAGGUUUCGGAGCAGGAGCCGAAGCGACUCCCAGAGCAGGCGAGAUGUGGAGGAGAAGGAGAAGGAAAGGAGGAAAAGCAGCAGAGAAUCUCAGGGGAGGAUGAGGAGUUUGUCUCCUGCCAGCAAAAGAGGAUCUGAGCCCCCAAGGGUCCGGAUGGGCUCAGCCUCCAGCAAAGAAGUGAAAAAGAAGAAGAAGAAGAAGAAGGAGAAGGAGAAGAAGAAGAAAAGGAGAAGAGGCAGCAGCAGCAGCAGCUCCUCCUCCGAGACCAGCUCCUUAUCUUCAGGAUCGUCCUCCUCUUCCGAUUCCUCUCCAGAUGUGUCAGGUGACGAUGAAUCCAACCGCAAAAGGAGGAAGCAGAGCAAGAAGAAGCUAAGCAAAGAGAAAGAUAAAAAGCAAAAGAAGAAGAGGAAGAGGAAAACCAAGAAGAAAGCAAAGAAUAAAUCAAAGGGGAGGGAGAAAGAGGGAGCAACGAAGGGGGAGGCACUCCCUGGCCCUUCCCUGGACCAGUGGCAGAAAGAGACCCUCGGAGACUCUGGGCCAGCCCUGACAGAUGAGCAGAAAUCCCGCAUCCAAGCAAUGAAGCCCAUGACGAAAGAGGAGUGGGACGCUCGGCAGAGUGUGAUAAGGAGAGUCGUUGACCCUGAAACAGGAAGAACAAGACUUAUUAAAGGUGAUGGAGAGGUCCUUGAGGAGAUCGUUACUAAGGAGAGGCAUAAAGAAAUUAACAAGCAAGCCACGCGGGGAGAUGGCCUUUCCUUCCAGGCGAGGACGGGGAUGCUGCAGUGAUAACAGGAUGGUCUUCAGAGAUGGUUUUAUUCCCAGCUGCAGAAGCUUUGCCGAAACCAGGCACUGCACUCCCCACACCCAACACCCGUCCCCAUGGAAUUUGCAUGCCAGUGCCAUCAGGACUGAGAACUGCUGGGGCAGGAAGAUGCCCAGAUUCAUCAGCUCCUAGUACAAAUCCUUCUGUUUUGCAGUUCUCCCCUGUGAGGCUUUCCAGUUGCUGCCUCCAGCUUGUUUCCUCAUCAAGGCACCUCCCUUAGCAGUGAAAAUAAUUAUCCCAAAGCAAAAGGGAAGUGAGCA